GUUUGGUCUCGUGAUAACGGCUAACAGCGUCACUAGUAGCUAGCGUACCAUGCUAGCUUUGGGUGUAUGAUGAAUAAGUGUAUGUGAGUGACAUGUAAAUGAGUUAAAACGGUUGGCAUUUGCGAAAUAAUCAUAACGACGACUAAAGAAAGAUGCUGUCCCGUCUGCUGAAGGAGCACCAGGCGAAGCAAAAUGAGCGGAAGGAGCAGCAGGAGAGGCGAAGACGUGAAGCUAUUGCUGCAGCCACCUGUCUGACAGAAGCCCUGGUGGACCACCUCAACGUUGGUGUUGCCCAGGCAUAUGUAAACCAGCGUAAGCUUGACCAUGAGGUGAAGACUCUCCAAGUGCAGGCGAGCCAGUUCUCCAAACAGACUGCUCAGUGGAUCAGUAUGGUGGAGGGUUUCAAUCAAGCCUUAAAGGAAAUUGGGGAUGUGGAGAACUGGGCCCGCAGCAUUGAGAUGGACAUGAGGACGAUUGCCACAGCUCUGGAGUAUGUACACAAGGGUCAGCUUCAGUCCACUUGCUCAUAAACAUCGGGGUGUGUUUGGGCCAUGUUUACAGCUGAAAGUAAAUACACUGGAAUCAACCAAUGUGGUCCAGUUAACUCCUAUCAACAAAUAUCCAGCACAGCAGUGCCAGCAGUACAAGUGUAAGUGGACCAAGGCUGACAGUAAUUUGUUCAGAUCAACAACGAAGGUCUGUUUCAUUUGACGACUACAUGCUUACUUGGGUAAUUGCGUAUGUUCUUGUAUUAGCAACAUUAUUGCCAACGCUCUGUCUAACAUAUUGAGAGUCAGGGCAUCUGUGUGCAAUCAGGAAUUAGUCACUGAAUAGAGGGAAAAAGUAGUGGAUUUGUUGUUGCAUGUACAGAGAAUAUAUGUAGCAGGCUGAAGGAGUUACAAACAAGCUACCACUUGUCUCCAAGUCUGUAGUAUCUCCUUAGCAGCAUUUUAAGGAAGGCUUUCUUCUCCAGCACCUGAUAUCUGAAUUAUUUAUGUCUGUGUUUAUGCAUAACAUGUACACACACACUGAAAACUGUGCUGGUUCUGUUGGACAACUUUAAAUUUUGUUACCAUUUAGUGAUGGAGUAUUAUUUUUAAAUAAAGGUUAAAAAAAAAAAAUGUAUUGAUGUCUUUUCUUAGGAAACAAGUAAAUGAACAAAGAACAUCAAGAAAAAAAUACAUGAAGAACUUGAUUUGUAAAAGAGAACCUUGCGCCAUAAAAAGGAUUGUCUUGUCAGGAUGUCCAUACUCACAGUAGGUGUCAGUAGUGGGCAGGGAAAGAUUAAAUGUUAAUUACACAAAUGGAGAAGAACUGUGAGAGUUCAUGCUGGGAGAUGUGCUCUCAUAGCUCAUAUGUUCAGUUACAAAGGAUUUCUUGCAUUUUUAGGCUGAUGGCUUCAUUGUGCCCCUUAUAAAAGUGGAAGGCUUUAAAAGGUUUUAAAAUCUAUAGACCUGCUGUAAUCCAUGAAAUACAAUAACUGGUAAAUAUUUGCCCUGCAAGGGAUUAGACAAUUUCUGGAAUGUGUGACGCGAGGGAAAGUUAUGUCACCAUAAAUGUGGCUGCAAUGUUCACUCACAUAAUCACAGGCAUGUUGGAUAACUACACUUUCAAAUUACCACACAGGUAACACACAAGAUGCUUCAGUUAGUCUUCAUUUAAAUAAACAGCAAUUGGACUGAAAUGUCUAAAUGAUAUGUUUAUAACAGUUUUUCUCUGGAGGGUACAGUUCUAAAGUCACAUUAAUACAUCAGGAUUUUUUUGAGGAAAAACAACACAAUGUACAGCACACUGGUCACUUCUCGUUUACAGUCUCCAAUUCUGCUGGACAAGCUGACCAGCCUCACAAUAUGUAUCAGAAAUAUAGACGGUAAGUACAGAACUCUGUAUGUGUUAUGUGAGAUUCAUUACUGAUAUAACUUGUCAGGGAACUGAGUGAGUUCAUAAUAAAGCCGCACUCAUGUUUUUUGAGACUGCACAUGGUUUGAACAUGUGGGAUUAUCACAACUUUGAAUUAACACUCUUAGAACAUUAUGCUUGUAUAUCAUGAGAACCAUCAGCCACUGACAAUGUAUUGGAAAACUUUCUUGUCAAUCUUUUGAAAGAACAAGAUCCAAAGAUCGAAUAAAAUCCAAGUGUGGGUUUUU